AUGCUUUUCAGCAUUCUCCAUCAGAUGCUUGGCGUGGUACUGUUAAAAAUUGGAGAUCAAAAUAUGGAAAAAAUAGCUAUCCACCUUUUGAUGAAAUUGUUAAAUUUGUAAAUGAAGCGUCAGAAAAGGAGAAUAUUCCUGAGCUUGAACAUAUGAACAAAAAUCGUGAAUAUGUGAAGUCAUAUGAUGACAGGGAAAAGAAAAGUAAGUUUUUUUUCCAGUUAUAGAAGUGCACAGAAUGCAAGAGCAUAUGCUCAUAAAGUAGAAAAUAUGAAUGCGAACAAAUGCCCAUUCUGUAGUGUUUGUCAUCAUAUAGAUGAUUGUGAUGAAUUUGGUAAAUUGUCAAUAAAGGACAAGAAGACCUUUUUUCUGAAAGAGAGACUGUGUUAUGGAUGUGGUUCUAAUAGAGGUCACAGGGUUAAUUUUUGUGAGCAGAGGGUUACAUGUAAGAUAUGCAAUAAGUUACAUUUGACUGCCCUACAUGUGGAUAAAACUCUUGAUAAAAGUGAUUCUAAAUGUACUCAAGUUUUCACCAUAGAAGGUCAAAGUGGUGGCAAACAUAAUUCUAUGAUUGUUCCAGUAUUUGUGCGAAAUAAUAAAAAUCCAUCUAAGGAAAUCCAGUGCUACUGCAUAUUAGAUGAUCAAUCUAAUUGUUGUUUUGUUUCUGAGGAAUUGCAAAAGCAACUUGAUGUGAAAGAUGUACAGACACAGUUAAAUCUCUCUACGAUGAUGAAAUCUGGAGCGUUGGUGUCUUCGCAGAGAAUCAGAGGACUACAAGUGAUGAGUAUGGAUCGUCAAGUAAAGAUAGAUAUUCCACAAGCUUAUACUCGUGAGCAAGUACCUGCGAGCCCUUCACAAGUUCCAAAACCUGAAGUUGCCAAACAGUGGAAACAUUUGGAGAAAAUUGCAAACAAACUUAUGCCUUAUGAUUCAAAGGUCAGUAUUCUCAUUGGUAGUAACAUUCCUAGUGCGGUAAGGCCUCGUGACAUAAUUCAUGGACGGGAAAAUGAUCCAUAUGGUCAAAAGUCUAUAUUGGGUUGGGGAAUAAUUGGAAAUGUUUGCAAAAAUGGCAAACGUGAUGAUAUGAGUUCAAUAUCUCAUCGUGUCGAAGUGUAACAAGAUUGUUCCACAGCGGAAAAUCUGUUAGAGAGCAAUGGUAAAUCAUCAUUUGUAUUUUCCACAAAAGUAAAAGAAAUUGUAAGUCCUCAACAACUCAAUCAGAUGAUGGAAAUAGAUUUUGUUGACCACAAAAGUAAGCAUGAAAAUAUGUCAAUUGAGGAUCAAAGGUUUGUGAAAAUACUUUCUGAAAAUGUUAUUAAAUGUGACA